ACUCCCGUGGUGCCCUUCACCCCUCCUCCCCUUCCAGUUGUGUCCUGAAAUUCUAAAUGAUUGGAAACUUUUGUAAUGUUCACGUUUAAGACUCUCAUACUACGGAGUAGAGGAAGGAGCGGGUGUGCAGUGUGGUUGAUGCUUCAGAUUAAAACUAAAGAGUUGAUUGAAAAUUCAAGUCUGGAACUCGAGAGAGUUAAGAACUGUAAGUCAGUAAGUUGCAAGUAUGAGUGAGAUUGUCUAGGGAAAGGGUCUUUGAAGGGGCGUCCCUAAUGGAACAUCAACAUUAAGGGGAGGCCAAAGGCCCUCUAAAGAAAACAGGAAUAGGGUAAGCAGAGAGAAGACUCCCAGGUGCUGUCAUGGAAAAAGAGGAAGAGAACAAUUUAAGGAGCGAAUGCUACUGGUAAACUAAUGGAAGAAAUCUGCUGCACCAUUGGAUAUUGGGAGUGUGUGGCAUGCAUCCUCACCAUCAGGAAACUCUAAAAAAGAACCGAGUGGUGCUAGCCAAACAGCUGUUGUUGAGUGAACUGUUAGAACAUCUUCUGGAGAAGGACAUCAUCACCUUGGAAAUGAGAGAGCUCAUCCAGGCCAAAGUGGGCAGUUUCAGCCAGAACGUGGAACUCCUCAACUUGCUGCCUAAGAGGGGUCCCCAAGCUUUUGAUGCCUUCUGUGAAGCACUGAGGGAGACCAAGCAAGGCCACCUGGAGGAUAUGUUGCUCACCACCCUUUCCGGGCUUCAGCAUGUACUCCCACCGUUGAGCUGUGACUACGACUUGAGUCUCCCUUUCCCGGUGUGUGAGUCCUGUCCACUUCACAAGAAGGUCCGCCUGUCGACAGAUACUGUGGAACACUCCCUAGACAAUAAAGAUGGUCCUGUCUGCCUUCAGGUGAAGCCUUGCACUCCUGAAUUUUAUCAGACACACUUCCAGCUGGCUUAUAGGUUGCAGUCUCGGCCUCGUGGCCUAGCACUGGUGUUGAGCAAUGUGCACUUCACUGGAGAGAAAGAACUGGAAUUUCGCUCUGGAGGGGAUGUGGACCACAGUACUCUAGUCACCCUCUUCAAGCUUUUGGGCUAUGACGUCCAUGUUCUGCGUGACCAGACUGCACAGGAAAUGCAAGAGAAACUCCAGAAUUUUGCGCGGUUACCUGCACACCGAGUUACGGACUCCUGCAUCGUAGCACUCCUCUCGCAUGGUGUGGAGGGCGCCAUCUAUGGUGUGGAUGGGAAACUGCUCCAGCUACAAGAGGUUUUUCGACUCUUUGACAACGCCAACUGCCCAAGCCUACAGAACAAACCGAAAAUGUUCUUCAUCCAGGCCUGCCGUGGAGAUGAGACUGAUCGUGGGGUUGACCAACAAGAUGGAAAGAACCACGCAAGAUCCCCUGGGUGCGAGGAGAGUGAUGCCGGUAAAGAAAAGCUGCCAAAGAUGAGACUGCCCACGCGCUCAGACAUGAUAUGCGGCUAUGCCUGCCUCAAAGGGACUGCCGCUAUGCGGAACACCAAACGAGGUUCCUGGUACAUCGAGGCCCUUGCUCAAGUGUUCUCUGAGCGGGCUUGUGAUAUGCACGUGGCCGACAUGCUGGUUAAGGUGAAUGCACUUAUCAAGGAUCGGGAAGGCUAUGCCCCUGGCACAGAGUUCCACCGGUGCAAGGAGAUGUCUGAAUACUGCAGCACUCUGUGCCGCCACCUCUACCUGUUCCCAGGACACCCUCCCACAUGAUGCCACCUCCCCAUCAUCCACGCCAAGUGGAAGCCACUGGACCACAGGAGGUGUGAUAGAGCCUUUGAUCUUCAGGAUGCACAGUUUCUGUUCUGCCCCCUCAGGGAUGUGGGAAUCUCCCAGACUUGUUUCCUGUGCCCAUCAUCUCUGCCUUUGAGUGUGGGACUCCAGGCCAGCUCCUCUUCUGUGAAGCCCUCUGCCUGUAGAGCCAGCCUUGAUCGGACCUAUUGCCAGGAAUGUUUCAGCUGCAGUUGAAGAGCCUGACAAGUGAAGUUGUAAACACAGUGUCAUUUUGGGGAGAGGGCAUAUAACUUCCCCGUAUUUGUGUUCAGUUCCAGCUUUUGUAGAUGGCACUUUAGUAAUUGCUUUUAUUACAUUAGUUGAAGAUGUCUGAGAGAUCAUCUCCUAUGUUUUAUUUCAUUCAUAUCCCCCACCCUUUUUGUCCUAGAGUGAGAGUUUGGAAGGUGUACAGAUUUAAUGUAGACAUUGUCUUUUGGCUCUGAAGAGGUAAACAUGACUAGAGACACACUUUGCUGCGAUGUGACUAGAGACACACCUUGCUGCAGUGUGCAGAAGCGGCCUGUGCGUUCCCUUCAGUACUGCAGGGCCCCCCAGUGGAAGGACACUCUUGUCUCGUUUGGGCUCAAGGCUCCACAGCCUGUCAGCCGACAUUGCUUUGCAUCUGUACCUUAUUGAUCUUUGCCCAUGGAAGUCUCAAAGAUCUUUCGUUGGUUGUUUCUCUGAGCUUUGUUACUGUAAUGAGCCUCGUGGGGAGCAUCAGAGAAGGCCAGGUGUGUUUCCCUAGACUCUAUAACUCUCUCUCUCUCUCUCUCUCUCUCUCUCUCUCUCUCUCUUCCUGCUCUCUGCUUCAGUGUUAAACUCUACUUUGAUAUUAUGUGGCCUUUAUUUCAGUGCUAUACGUGUCAUUUUUCAAUCUAGAAACCUUUAUCCCUGCUUAUCUGAAACUUCCCUGUUAAGACCUUUUAAAAAAAAAAAAAACUUCUUUCUUCCUCCAGUCUAUUCUCCACAUAACAGUAGUUUUGGUUUUUAAUUUUUUUUUUUUUUUUUUUUUGGUUAUUUGGUGUUUUUUGGUUUUUAAGGCAAGUUCUCACUAUGUUUCUCAGACUGGUCUCGAACUCCUGGCCUCAAGCCAUCCUCCCGCCUCAGCCUCUCAAAUAGCUGGGACUACAGGUGUGAGCCACCACGCCUGGCCAGGUUUUGAUUGUUUAAAUAUAAAUCUGAUUAUGUCACCCCCCUGCUUAGAACCCUUCUGCUUUCUAUUACACCUCACUUAAAAUUUAAACUUCUCACCUUCGUUUAUGAGAACUGGUUCUUGCCUUCCCCUUGAACCUCAUUAAAUGGUGAUUUCUUGCUAAGCUCCAGCCCGAGUGGUCUCCUCGGCUUCUAAUUUUAUGCUCUUUCCUGCCCUCUUCCUUGGCCUUCUCAUCUGUCCACCCCCACCACUCUUGACUCAGGUGGUGUCCUUAUUCCUCAAUUCUUGACCGUUCCUGGGCCCUUCAGUCCCUGAGCAGUCUACUCCUGUGUCUGUCACCACAUCUUGUCUUUUCCCCUCAUUGCACUUAUUGCAGUUUAUAUGUAUGCUACUUCUAGUUGUUCAUUUCUGUCUCCCCUACCAGGCUGUAAAUGAGGGCAGAAACCUUGUUUGUUUUAUUCAUCAUCACGUACCAAGUGCUUGGCACAUAGUGGGUCUUCAGUAAAUGUUUGUUGAAUAAAAGAGGGAAGAAGGCAAGCCAACCUUAGCUGCAAUCCUACCUUUUGAUAAAAUGUUCCUUUUGACAAUAUACACAGAUUAUUAUGUGUACUUUGUUUUUCCAUGUGUUUUGCUUUUAUCUGCUGGCAUUUUUAGCUCCUUGAAGACAUUUCAUGUGUGAGAUAACUUCCUUCACAUCUCCCAUGGUCCCUAGCAAAAUGCUGGGCCUGUAGUAGUCAAGGUGCUCAAUAAAUAUUUGUUUUGUGAGUUGGGUGGUUGGAAGCCUUGCUGCCAAGUCCUGCCUUUGGGUUGACAUAGGAUGGAAGUAUUUGAGUGAGAUAACCUUUCCACUCCCACUGCCAGGAUUUUGUAUUGCCAUCAGGUGCCAAAUAAAUGCUCAUAUUUAUUACUG